AUGCUUCAAAUCCUUAAGAAUGUUUGGGUCUUCAUGAAAGCCUACUACACCCAAGUUUACCAGGAAAAUUGGGUAGGAAUGGUAAUUACCUUCAUCCUUUAAAAACUCAGGAGUGCUAAUAAAAGUAAAGCUUUGAAAAACUCCAGUUCCAGUCCUUCGCCUACCCAUGGCCAUCACUAA